AUGAAUACUGCCUCAACUUCAGAAAGUGGAUCAUAUUCCACAAACCACACCAGACCCUUUUUUUAUGCACAGCCAACAGCACAACAGCCUUUUCCAAAUCCAUGGUACUUCAGUCAUGCUUACAGUCCGUAUUGUGUACCUGCUCCAGGCUUCCGAAGUGGAAAUCCAUAUUUUCCAUGUUAUUCUGUUGCGCUUCAUGACUAUCCUGGGUUUUUUGUUCCGCAACAUCCGAUGCAUGCAAGAAUUAACAGAAGGCCUUAUUUUAAUGCUCCCCCACCUUCCCCUAUGUUUUAUCAUGCAACAAGAUUUAGACACUAUAGUAGCCCUGGGAGAAAAAUGGAGACAAAAGAAACACAGACUGAUCCUAGACAGCCUGAAAACAAGCAGAAAAAGGAUCAAGAUAGCCGUACAGAAACGAAAGGUUGUGAUGCAGGAAAUAUGGCCUGUGUUUCUUCUGGUGUAGGUACAGAGACUGAAAGUACUUCAGAAAAACAAGAUUCAUCUGGAUCUUCCAUUGCAGUAGACAGAGAGUUUCAUAACAAGAGCCCUUCCAGCUCUACACAGUAUAGAAAUCUUCCUCCUGGAAGCUAUGCCUUUGAGAAGGAAGAAGUGAGGAUAGAAUAUGGAAAUGGCUCUCCAGCUAUUCAACUGUGGAAGUCCUUUAAAGAAACUAUCCCUUUGUAUGAUGUGGCAAGUGGUAAACCAGUCCCAGAGAAUAUAGUGCAGCGUGAUUUAUUUUCUGUUAGCUCAUGUGAAGGAAUGAUAUAUGGCCCUCGUGAAGGGGAGAAAGUCGUGCCAGGAGCUUACCUAGAUGAUAGAAAAGGUGGUCUCACCUCAAAACAGGGUGUUGAAACUGGGCAAGAAAAAAAGGUCCAAAAUAGUGAAGCCAAACUGGAUGCAGAAAAGCAGAUGAAUACAACUCAACAGGCAAAAUCCCCCCUGGGUGAAACCAUGGCAGUGCAAAUAGCAGAGUUGCCGAGAGCUGCUAGUGUAGACCAACCAGUGGUAAAACAAGAUGUGGCAGUGGCUAAGAAAUCAAGCUCUAAAAAAUCUACAGUCUCAAAAACUUCUCAAGAAGAGCUGAGCUUUAUUCAACAAGCAGGACUACUUCCAUCUAGUAUGGAGGUAAUGAGUGACUUGAGUUUUCAGCAGAAAAAGCUGAAUCUAAGCCACAGCGCAACCAAUGAAAGUCAAGCGGAUAAGAGUAUUUGGUGUGAUGAAUCAAUUGAGAAGUAUGUUCCCUCUAACAGUUGGCUGGCUUGUUUGGACAGUAUGGACACAAACUGCACCUAUGAUGUUUCUUUGUCACAAAGGAAACGUCAAAGUGUACUCAGUCUUUCUUCUGAUGACAUGUCCUCUAGAGAAGAAGGCUCAUCAAUUGAUAAUGCCCCAGUGUCUUAUUUUGUCCCUGACUAUGUGCUUCAGAAAAGCACGUAUACUUUCCAGAAAAGUACAGAGGGCUUAGAGAAAAUUAAAAGUGGUGGGUCCCUCAAUGAAGAUGAAGUGGUAGGAAGGGAGCAGACGAACAGCUUGAAUGACCAAGAUGUCAAAAACUCUUCAACCAUGAAGAUCACAGAGGCUUCCAAUAAAGGUAGAAAGCUGGGAGCCCUUUGUAGAUCUUCUAGUUGGAAAAAAAUCAAUUCUCUCAAGAAAAAAGCAGUUAAGAGUUUGUCAGAAGUUGAGGACUCUGAAGAAUACUCUGUGAGGGGAGAGGAGGAAGAUGGAGAGGAUGAGGAAGAUGUGGAUGACAUGGAUGAAAUAGAAUAUUUCUUUCCAGAAGCCAUUCCAUAUGGAAUCUUGACACCUAGCAAAGGAGGUUUCUACCAAGUUGGCCAGAGAGUGUUUUGGAAACCAGCUAAAAAUGCUGUACCAGCUCAAUUAAUUAGCUGGCCUGCUCAAGAGAAAAUAAAAACUAGGAGUGGCCUUGGUGAAAACAUUGGUAUAGCUUACAAGCCAAAGCAGAAAGAAAAAGAUGAAGCUGCAUAUGAUGACUGUGGGUAUUAUGGAAGAAAGAGGCCUACAGCAAGAAGAGAAGAACUUGAACACCAGCGAAUGCUACGGAAAUUCUUGGGAGGGUGCCCUCCUUUGGUUAAACCAAAGAAGAAAAGAAUAGGCAAGCCACCUUCUAAACGCAGAGACACAAGAUGUGAGCUGGAAGAAGAAGAGCAGGAGAUGCCUAAAACUACUGUACGCAAAGAGUACCAAUAUACAUUAUCUAGGUCCUCAGAUUGCAGCUUUGUAGCACCCUGCCUUGAGGUUCCAAAAAGAGACGCUUACUCUUAA